AUGGCCUGGAACCAGAAAUUUUGCUUCGAACGGCUCAUCAUCAGCCCCGACGACGUGGUGACGUCUUUGUUGUCCGAAGUGUCCGUUUUCUCGUCAAUCUCCUCGCUCUCGUUGUCUCCCAUCAUAUACUCUAUUACACGACGGCCAACAUCUUCUUCGAGUCCGAACUUGAUCGGAGAACAACGGAUUUCCACGUUCUUGGCCACACGGAUCCCGCCAAUCGGAUCUGCCAUUGUCCACGAGAUGUCCACCAUGUCGCUGGACUCCAUUCCAGAAAGCAGGUCGGGGAAUAUCGCCUUAUCCAUGUUGCGUGCUUGCAACGUACCCACAGAAACCCUAUUGACAGUUGUCCCGUCAGACAGCGCAACACGCUUGAACUCUCCCUGGACAAUUUCCAGCCGCAAAAAUGUCUGGUUCUGGUCGGCAAAGUCCAUCUUUAUAGACCCAGCUUUCAAUAUCCAUUCAAGCUCGCUAUCAUCGCCGCCGCCUUUCACUAAAACUCGCAUCCGGGUAUACAGCUCGAUCAGCAGCUUGUUCCGCAAAGACGACGGUUUGUCCAGGUACUGUAGUUGUCCUGCAAUGACACGGACUCGCUUGAAAAUGGCGUCCAGGUUGCCAAAGUCGGUCACCAUGACCAUCUCCUUGACUGCGUCAUCCAAUUUCUUGGACCUGGGCUCCGAGUAG